GGGGACGGGAGCCCUGGUAGAGGCCGGGCCAGAGCAGGAGGUUCCGCGGGGGGCCAGGAUCCAGGCCAGCCCAGGUUAUUGACGCCCAAGGGCUCUAGCACAUGCGCAGUGAGUUCUCCAGGCAAGGACUUCCCUUCAUUAACAGAGAGCAAAAUCAUGGAGUCUUCCGAGACCUUCAUGAGACACCUGCCGGUCACACCAGGCUACAGUGGCUUCGUGCCUUACCUUAGCUGCCAGGGCACCUCCAGCGAGGACAACAUGUCCCACUGUCUGAAAAUCUUCCAGGAGAACACACAGCGGUAUAAAGACCAGCUGGAGGAAUAACUCUGCUCAGUGGCCACUGCCCAACUAAAGCCCGUCUGCUCAGAGGAGACGGUCCUGUGGACCCUGCACCAGUAUUACUGGCAGUACCGCCCCUUGAGUCUGGAAUGCAAGUACAUAACGAAACCUCUUCAGGAGCCCCCCACCCCCGGCUGGGCAGGCUACCUGCCGAGAGCCAGGGUCACUGAAUUAGGCUGUGCCACGCGGUACACCGUCAUGGCCAGAAACUGCUACAGGGACUUCCUGGACAUCGUGGAGCCGGCCAGGAGAGCACACCUGAAACCAUAUGAGGAAAUAUAUUGAGUUAGGCCCACACCACCUCCUCCUACCCCUUCUCCAGAAAUUUUGCUGCACGAAAGGCUGCUGCCAAAAUAUCCAGAUUUCUCUAUUCCAGGUGCUGGGUGUCCUACCCUUGGAAGAGCCCUGAUGGAGGACCCCAGACCUCCGGUGAGGUGCGGCUGCACUCAGAGGCCAAAUGUGUCAUGCAACGGGAAGAUUUAUCUAGAGCCACUCUCUUCAGUAAAGGACGUGGAAGGGUAGAAGUGGAGAGCCUCCCAAGGAGAGGCACAUACUAAGGGGGGCUCAGAAGCUCGCCAUUCUCACGUGAGAGCCCCUCACACACCCCAACCGGCACGAGGGAAAUUUCAUAAGACAAGCAUCCUUUUCAUUGCCACCUGCAUCCUGACCGGUUGGUGAUAACAUGUCAUUCAUAAUAAAGGC